GACGGAAAUACAAAAACGUUUUACCUUAGCUACCUGACUUCAAAAAGCUCCCUCAUCCAUCUUUGUCUUUUGGACAACGAAGGGAAAAGGGAUCUUCUUGCCUCCAUCCAUAAUCAUUCAACCUCCAAGAGCUUCCUCUUUCAAGCGCUGAUCAAGUGUUGACCGUGUUGGUUCACUUCUGACGCUACACUGUGGCUUAUCCAGCUGUCUCUGUAGCUAGCUAGUAGACUCGGUCAGAUUUGGGUGAGAAUCAUGAAGAUACCUUCCAGAUCCAAUGUACUACUUGGAGGCCUGCUACUGCUAUCCUCCAGUCCUUCGCCAGCAGUAGCCUCUCCAUUUGCCUCUUACAAGAACAGCAAUGCCUUUGUCCCAAGAUCACCACAACAAUCCACGGCAUCUGUUCUGAUGCAAAUCCCUCGAGGAGGUGCCUGGUACUUUGGCAAAAGGACGGCUGCACGUAGAUAUCGCGAACUCUUGGAAGAGCAAGUCACCAUGUUGGAUCGACAGUUGCGACAAUCUCAAGAAGAGCUGGCCUUGUUGCGUCGUCAACUCAAGACAUCCCAGUCAAUCUUGCAUCGAUCAGGUCUCAAGGGUGCUUCCGCCGAAGGCCAAGCCAACAAACUUGCCGCCUUGACGGAAAACCAAGAUUUGAAAAAACGAGUGGCCAGUCUCGCCAAAGAAAUACUACAAUUGGAAAAGAUGCGAGACGAACUCGAGGCAAUAAUACAAGUUCAGCACAUGAAAAUGGAAGAACUAGAAGCCAAAUUGCAAGAAAAGGAGUUGGCCAAUCAGAAUCUCGUUGCCAAAUAUGAAAGGGAGAUGCAAUCCUUGAAAUUGAGCAUUGAAUCCAAGUAUCAAAAACAAAUUGCCGAUUUGACCAAUCUCAUGAACAAACGUGUCGAAGAAGCCGCAGAGCAUGCCCGACAAGUGGCACUACGGGAACUGGAUGCCAAAGUUUCCCAAGCCACCCAGGCGGAACGACAACGGGGUGAAAAGUUGUUGGAAGACGAACGCAAGAGAUCCGAAGCCGCAGUGGAACGGGAAAAGGUCAAGAUGCGCAAGUUGGCCAAGGCAUUGUUUGAACGGGAAAAGAAAUUGAAUACAUUGGACAAGGACGUUAUGGAAGUUGCCAGCAGUAGCAGUAGCAGUACAGUCAAAUCAUCUUCCUUUGGCAGCAAGACGGGCAAUGCAACGUACAAGGUGGACACGAUAAGAAAGUUCUAGUCAGUUGCUACUUGGGUGGUAGUGUGGUUGUUUGGUAGGUCUGAGUGUUGUAAUAGUGUGAAUUUUCCUUCCCAACAAACGGUAGUGGUGCGGCAGCGUAUUUUAAACCCAUACAGUAGGUUGAUGCAUCCGAGGU